UACGCUACCAACUCUUAGCUUCGGUUAUCAGUUUGUCUUAAUCUCAUGUUUGUGUUAUUUCUAAUUGUUCUCGACUGAUUUCUCCAUUGAACGUACGAUGACUGAACUAAGUAUUGGGGCUCAUUGUUCUCAGGAGGAUUGUAAACAAUUAGAUUUUCUACCAAUUCAAUGUGAAUAUUGUGAUCGCAUCUUUUGUAAAAUUCAUAGCUCAAUUACUGCGCACAAUUGUCCAGUUCCUAAUUCAACCUAUCAAUCUUCAAGGUCUAUUCAAAGUCAAUUUCAUUCUGAUCAUGAAGAUGAUGAUAGUACUAACAAUAAACUAUGCAGUUAUCAUUCAUGCAAUCAAAGACAACUAGUGUUGUUAUCCUGUGAUGCAUGUCAUGGAAAUUUUUGUAUCAGUCAUAAACAAAAAGAGAUUCAUGAAUGUUCAAGUUUGGCCAAAUCAAAUCAUCAAUCAACUGAAAGUCAACCAGUUAAAACUGUUGAUCGUACUGCAUUAGAUGCUAUUUCACAUACAAUAAUUCCAAAGAAAACCACUAAUGAUACUCAACCAGUCAAACCAUUAAGUGAUCAUGCUCGUGCUACUAAAGCAAAGUUGAUUUUAUUAAAAACUAAAAUGGAAGCAUUACCUGGUGGUCAACGGGCUAGAGAAUUACCAGAAUCUGAGAGAUUUGUUGUUCGUUUAUCAGUUACACCAGAGGUUCUUUCAACAUGUCAUAUCAUUUCAGCUUAUUUUGGAAAGCGUUGGCCACUUGGUUGUAUAUUGGAUUAUGGUUGUGAACAUUUCCAUUUACCGCGUGAUAAAAAUUAUGGUUUAAUCCGAUUAUCUGAUGAAUUAGAUGAAUUCUAUUCUACUCGAUCUAAUAAUAAUAAUAAUCUACAUCGACAUGAAACAGUUUGUAAUUCAUUACUUGAUUUAAGUUGUUCACUUGAUCAACAUGUUGGUGAAAAUUGUUUUGUUGAAGGUCAAUUAUUACAAAUUGUAUCUUUACCACAAAUAUGAAAUUAUUAUUAUUAUUAGUGUGUUUGUUUGUCUUUUUUUUUCUGGUUCUGAUUUUGUUUAGUUUUUGUUUUAAUGAUGAUAUUGAGCAUAUUGAACAUGUUGAACAAAAGAACCAUAAUCAUCACACUUCAUUGUCU